AUGGCUCCUGAACUCGUUGCAGCAGGUGUAAAACCAACUGGUUAUGUUCAACCAGCUUCUUUCUCCGGCAGGGCCUUCGUAACAUUCUUGGCUGGAAAUGGUGACUACGUAAAGGGUGUUGUUGGGUUAGUUAAGGGGUUAAGAAAGGUGAAAACUGCAUAUCCUCUUGUAGUGGCGGUGCUGCCAGAUGUCCCGGAGGAGCACCGCCGCAUACUGGAGGAUCAAGGCUGCAUAGUCAGGGAAAUUGAGCCGGUAUACCCACCUGAUAACCAGACCCAAUUUGCCAUGGCGUAUUAUGUCAUCAACUAUUCCAAGCUUCGUAUAUGGGAGUUUGUGGAGUACAGUAAAAUGAUAUACUUGGACGGUGACAUUCAAGUGUAUGAUAACAUUGACAGCCUCUUUGACUUGCCUGAUGGCCAUUUCUAUGCUGUUAUGGAUUGUUUCUGUGAGAAAACAUGGAGUCACACACCACAGUACAAAAUUGGGUACUGCCAACAGUGCCCGGAAAAAGUCAAGUGGCCGGCGGAGAUGGGUCUUCCACCUUCUCUGUACUUCAACGCUGGGAUGUUUAUGUUUGAACCGAGUCUUACAACCUAUGAGGAGCUCUUGAAGACUCUUAAAAUCACCCCUCCCACUCCCUUUGCUGAACAGGAUUUCUUGAACAUGUAUUUUAAGGAUAUAUAUGAGCCGAUUCCUAAUGUGUACAACCUUGUUCUUGCAAUGUUAUGGCGUCAUCCGGAGAAUGUUGAGCUUGACAAAGUGAAGGUCGUGCAUUACUGUGCAGCGGGUUCAAAGCCUUGGAGAUACACAGGAAAAGAAGAGAACAUGCAGAGGGAAGACAUAAAGAUGCUGGUAAAGAAGUGGUGGGAUAUUUACGACGACGAGUCAUUGGAUUACAAGAAACCGGAGCCGGUGGUGUCAGAUGGAACCCAUCUGGAGGCGGUGGCUUUGCAGCCACUGGUUGCAGCAGCUAUGACGGAGGCGAAGGCGUCGGCCGUGCACUACUUGGCAGCCCCAUCUGCUGCUUAA